AUGGAGAUUGAUCACUUUGCCGAACUCGUGCCGUACCUGUCGAACUUUCUGCAUACGAUCCCAACCGCCUCGCAGCUGAAGCUAGAGUGCUCACUGAGGCUGCUCAAACAGGAUCACCGAUUGGGAGCGUUGUUCUUUCUCGGCCACCUGGAGGCCCAUUCGGUGACGUAUCUGUUGGCGUUCGGGUCACCGGACAUGGAUUUGUUUCGGCAUCGCAAGUUCUACUACAGUCGCAAUGGCAUCGAUUGGCAUCUGCUGCUCGAACCGACCAGCUGGAGUGAUGACUGGAGCCAGCUAUGCUCAGAGUUUACCGGAAACGAACGGUUCGUGUACAAACUGCGCUCGCUAGCGUCGGGAAGCCCCUGGCUGGAGAUCCGCGAGCAGGAUCGGCUGUGGUACGUGAUGUACGCGAUCCUUCGCGAGGCGGCAGCUGUCCCGCGAGGUGCGCUGAGAAUGUCCAGCGAUAAGGAUAUCGUGCGGAAUCCGUUUUUUUGCGGGCUGCCCCACGAUGAGGCGGCCGAACUGCAUCAUUACCAACACUUUCGGGUGCCGGAGCGAGCGGCUGAGGAAAAUUUGCGGGGUCGCGCAGAGUGUAACCUGUCGAUGGAUGUGUUCGAUCGGCUCGAGGUGGAUGUGCUGCCUGAGAGCAAGAGCUAUAGCUUACGGAAGGAUGAUUCGGGCCAGGUGGCGCUGCUCAGCUCGCUUCACUGGAUCGGGAUGGAGAUUUUCCACAAAGCGAACACGCCCCUGUACGGGUUUUACUAUCGCGGGGAUGGGCGCAAAAACUGGGACCUUCCCUUCAUGGUUGAUUUGUGA